AUGCAGGCCAUAAAGUGUGUCGUUGUCGGGGACGGGGCUGUUGGUAAGACAUGUUUGUUAAUCAGCUACACUACAAAUGCAUUUCCUGGGGAGUACAUACCGACAGUUUUUGACAAUUAUUCUGCCAAUGUGAUGGUAGACGGCCGACCAAUCAACUUAGGUUUGUGGGACACAGCUGGUCAGGAAGAUUACGAUAGACUCAGACCACUUUCCUAUCCUCAAACAGAUGUCUUUCUGAUCUGCUUCUCUUUAAUAAGUCCUGCAUCAUUUGAAAAUGUCAGAGCCAAGUGGUUUCCUGAGGUGAGCCACCACUGUCCACAAACACCAAUCGUGCUGGUGGGCACAAAAUUGGAUCUGCGUGAGGACAAGGAAACUAUUGACAAGUUGAAGGACAAAAAGUUAUCACCGAUCACCUACCCACAGGGUUUAGCAAUGGCAAAGGAAAUACAAGCAGUGAAGUAUCUUGAAUGUUCUGCACUAACACAAAAAGGAUUAAAGACUGUAUUCGACGAAGCCAUCCGAGCUGUCCUCUGUCCCAAACCAAAACCUAAACAAAAAAGACCUUGUACCCUUUUGUAA